AUGCAGACUCCAAACUCUGAGUGUGUCGGUCCUGAAAGUCCAGAGGCCGGAAUUGCUUCAUCCUGCCAAGGAUGUCCCAACGCUUCCAUAUGUGCUUCUAUGCCAAAAGGACCGGAUCCGGAUAUUGAAUUGAUCAGACAGCGCCUAUCAGGUGUCAAACGAACUGUCAUGGUUAUCAGUGGAAAGGGGGGAGUUGGAAAAAGUACUCUCACCAAAGAACUUGCGUUUGCUUUGGGCCAAAUGGGACUAAAUGUUGCCUUGGUGGACUUGGAUAUAUGUGGUCCCUCUCUUCCACGUCUGAUGGGCGUCCGAGGAGAAGAUGCACAUCAAAGCGCCGCAGGUAUCGAGCCCGUUCUGGUUGACGAGACGGUUUCCAUGAUUUCUAUGCAUUACUUGUUAGGGGACAAAAAUGAGGCCGUUCUUUUUCGAGGCCCCCGAAAAAAUGGUGUCAUUAAGAUGUUUUUGAAGGAUGUGAUUUGGGGUGAUGUCGACAUCAUGCUUAUUGAUACCCCUCCUGGAACAUCGGAUGAGCAUAUUACAGUUGCAUCAAUUUUGCAACAAUGUGGUGGAGUAACCGGUGCCAUUCUAAUUACAACUCCCCAGUUGGUUGCAGAAGCAGACGUAAAGCGAGAAGUGAACUUUUCUCAUAAAGCAAAACUUCAUUUGCUUGGAAUUGUAGAAAAUAUGAGCGGCUUCAUAUGCCCUAACUGUAAAGAAAGCUCUGUCAUUUUCCCGCGUGCGAAUUCUCAGGGAGCAGGGAAGCGCUUGAGUGAUGAAUUUGGGGUUCCCUUUUGGGGAGAAGUUCCUCUGGAUCCUGUCUUAAUGAAGGCAUGUGAAGAGGGUGUCUCAUUGACAGAUAUAGUUGACGGUAAAAGUCCAACUAUUGAAAUACUACAGUCGGUUGCCGCAAAGCUUGUCGCAUCUCUGGAAAUGGAAUAA